GCUUUUUCCAGCCAUUUCCUCCACAGCCUCUCUUCGGGAAUUAAAGAGUCAGCAAGAGAAAGGAGAAAAAAGUAUUUGGAACUGCGUAGUGAAGAUUUUAUUAAACUUUUGUGUGAGAUCAGAAAAAACGCCGACACUCAAUGUGCGAACAGGCGCUACCCCCUCUGGGAGAACGGGCUGGAAGCAACUUGCCUGUACCCUCGGAAGGCACCUACGGCGUCCCUCCUCAAUCUCCCUGCAACUAUCCAGGGGUUUUGGGAGACGCGGGGCGAAAAGGGAGGAUUACAGUGCGUUUCGCCGGCGGGAAGAGGACGCAGGGGAGGAGUUUCCACAGAGCGCCCCACAGCUUGCUUGGCGAAGGGAUCUGUCUCUCUCCCGCCCCAUUGCUCCCGCCUUUCACUCGGGCGAGCCUUGGAGCAGCAGGGACCCAACUUCUCAGCCGCCGAGGAUCAUGACGGGGACUUCGGUAUGCUUGGCAAUUCUGCUGGCGGUGGGCUCGCGCUUCAGCCUUGCGUACCAAGGAUCAGGAUAUUCAUCAAUAGAAGAUGAUGAAGAUGUGUAUGCACACAAUAGAUAUAAAGAUAUACCAUGGUGCUCACCUAUCAAGGUAAAAAAUGGUUAUGCAAAUUGCAGAAAUCCCCAGGAAGGGCAUUACAGAAAUGUUUUGGGGACUACAUGUGACAUUCAUUGUCAGAAAGGUUAUGGACUGAAUGGUCCUCAGCAUCUUAUUUGCCAGUCAAACAAACGCUGGUCUGGGAAAGUUCUCUGCAAACAAAAACGCUGCCCAACACUUUCUAUGCCACUUAAUGGAGGAUUCAAGUGUGUCGAUGGUGCAUACUUUAAUUCCAGGUGUGAGUAUUAUUGCUCACCAGGAUAUCAGUUAAAAGGAGAUAGAGUAGUACAAUGUAUGGAUAAUAAAGCGUGGAGCGGAAGACCAGCUUCUUGUGUUGAUAUGGAACCUCCAAGAAUUCAAUGUCCAAGUGUAAAGGAGAAAAUAGCAGAACCCAAUAAAUUAACAUCUAGGGUAUUCUGGGAUACUCCAGAGGGACGAGAUACUGCUGAUGGCAUUUUGACAGAUGUUAUCUUGAAAGGACUUCCACCAGGAUCAUAUUUUUCAGAAGGAGAUCACAAAAUCCAAUAUACUGUGUAUGACAGAGCUGGGAAUAAGGGAACUUGCAAAUUUUUGGUCAAAGUCAGAGUUAGGCGCUGUGGAAAAUCAAAUGCCCCAGACAAUGGCUACGUAAAAUGUUCUGGUGAUGGAGAUAAUUAUGGUGCAACUUGUGACUUUUCCUGCAUUGGCGGGUAUGAGUUGCAGGGAAGUCCAGCAAGAGUUUGCCAGUAUAAUUUAGGCUGGUCAGGAACAGAGCCAACCUGUACACCUAUGAAUAUUAAUAUUGGUGUGAGGACAGCAGCAGCUCUUCUAGAUCAGUUUUAUGAAAAACGAAGGUUGCUUAUUAUAUCCACUCCUACUGCAUCCAAUUACUUUUACAGAAUGCAGCUGGGAAUAUUGCAGCCAGCACAAUGUGGUUUAGAGCUCCGGCAUGUUACAGUGAUUGAAUUGGUUGGGGUUUAUCCAGCACAACUGGGAAGAAUAGGAUUAAGAUUGAUGCCUCCUGCCUUGGCUGUACAACUCAGAAGGAAGACAAGAAUGGAGGAAUAUAUGAAUAUAUGAAGCUUCCAUAUUUUGCACUGUAUGCUAUAUUAAGGUUAAAAAUCAAUACAUAUCAAACCAUGCCUCUUAAGCCACAAAUAUCUCUUUCCUAUAUAAGAAACAACAUUUUAUACUAUGCAACAUUAUCUACAUUAUUUGUCCCUCGAUGAUUUCAAAUAAUUAAAAAAAAAAUUUAAAUGCAACUUUUCAGAAACACAUAUGUUCAUUAAAAAUUAUACGUACACUUAACAUACCUGUUAGGAAAUUGUUAUUGCCCAAAUAGUUGGUCAGGAAAUAUAUAAACCAACAUUGUGUGUUUGUAGCUAAAAGUAUUAUGUAGCUUUAAAAACUUUGUUGCAUUAUCAUGCAUCCUGAUUGGGUGAGCUCUGUAGCCAAUAUACUUAAAGAAAGCUGAAUUAUGGUUUGUAUGAACACUACACCAUUUUACCUGCUGAUAUGCUGUAACUCUAUAUUUGAUCUCUAUCCACAAUCAUUGCUUCUUUAAUAUUUAUUGACUGUUUUUAUAUUGAACUUUGUUCCUGAAUGAAACUAAAGAUCUGUUUUAUUGUAUUUUUCUACAACUGGUAAGAAAACUUUAUAUUUGAAAAAUAUCUCUGGACUGAUUUUUAUCUCACUUUAUAUGUGUAUGACUUGGAUUGUUUUUGGACUAUAAUUUUGGUUUUUCCUAAAAAUAAAAUAUUAUCAAAACCCAGUUUGUUUGUAUGUUAACUGUUAUUGUCCACAAUCAUUCUCAGUAGUUUUCAUGCAUAAACUCAAAGGGUACUCUGCUCAAUAGCCCAGAACAUCGGUUGUGAGACAAGACUAUCCUUAACAUUGGUUAUGGGCCCAGGACACUGAGAGUGGGUGUGAAUAUACAGUAAUAUAUUCAGACAGCUGUGUUUGUUAUAUACUGUCCACGUGAAGAUGGCACAAGAACAGUCAUCCAGCAUAUCCAUGAUAACCUGGUUGGAUGGAACAAACUAUGUUUCCUGGUCUAUGAAAUGCAACCUUCUUGUAUAUAAUGGGAUGUAAUUAAUAAUCCAUUGGAUGUAACUGCAUGGAAUCCAGAAGAUAAUGAAGAUAAGAAGAAAAUAAGUAAAUUUAAUCGGGAUAAUGAACGAGCUCUUUGUAUAAUUGGACUGAUACUGACCAGCAGCUAGUUCAUAUUCAUGGUGAAGAUUCUGCUGCUAGGUGUUGGAACAAUUUAAAGAGAAUUUAUGUUCGUGAUAGUGUGGGUGCACACAUACACCUUACACAUAAACUGUUUAAAACCUGUCUUCUUAAAGGUGGAGAUAUGUUAGCUCAUUUGGAGUUUAUGAUGAGAAGUUUUUAAGAGCUACACGAAAAGGAACUAAUUUUUUCAGAGUUGCAACAGGUUUAUAUUAUUCUUUCUUCUUUGGAUGAAAGUUAUGAUGACUAUGUUUCUUCACUGGAGGUUUUGACCAGAGAUGAAUUAACAUCGAAUGACAUAACUGGAAGAUUGUUGGAAGAGUCCAGAAGAAGGCAAGAACAAGAACAACUAAGAGAGAGACAACCACAGGAAGAAAGAUUGUCUUCAACUGCCUAUAUUGUUAAAAGAAGUUUUUCUUGUGGGGCUAAGGGUCAUAUAGCUAAAUAUUGUACUAAGGGUAAGAAAAUGACUGUAAUCAAAAGAGGACCAAAAAGGAUGUUAAUCUAGUUUUAUCAAUUUCUACUAAUGUAAACAAUGAUUUGUGGGUAGUUGAUAGUGGUGCAUCACAAUCUAUUACUAGAAGUACAGAUAAGUUUGUAAAACUUACUACUAGUAAACAACAUGUAUCAUUUGCCAAUGGAUGGAAAAUGAAAGUAGCUGGCAAAGGUAUUGCACAUUGUUCAUUUAUUAAUGAGCAUUUGCCAAUGUUGUAUAUACCUAAUUUAAAAUUCAACUUGUUAUCUGUUAAAUCAUUAUUACAGGUUGGAUUUGUAGUAACCUUUAGAGGAGAUAAAUGUUCAGUUGAAAAGAAUGGUAAAUGUGUUACUGCAAAGUUAGAAAACAAUUUGUUUAUAUUGAAAGAUGAUCCAGCAAUAGUGACUAAUACUAACUCGGUUUAUGACAAUAAGAAGCCACAUGAUGAAUGUAUUCAUUUAUUUCAUUGACGUUUAGGACAUAUGAAUUUUAAUGUAUUGAAAAAGACAGUAGAAUUAUCUGAGGGGAUAAAGUUAACACCAUGUAACAAAUACCUCAAUUGUAAUGCUUGUAAUCAAGAGAAGAGCAAAGUAACCCCAGCAAACAGAGUAAAUGGUUUUUCAACUAAGGAAUCAUUAGAAGUAGUGUUUGCUGAUAUAACUGGAUCUAAACAACCAAGUUUAGGUGGAACUUGCUAUAUAUUAAGCAUUGUUGAUCAUUUCUCUAGAUAUGGUUUCUGUUACUUGAUGAAAACAAAGUCUAAAACAUUUCAGCAUAUGUCAAAUUGGCUGAAAUUUGUUGAGAGAAAACAGAAACAAAAGGUGGUUUGUUUGGUAACAGAUAAUGGUACCAAGUUUACCAAUGUAAGAUUAGAGAAUAUGUUGCAGGAGGCAGGUAUUGAAUGUAAACAUUCUGCCCCUUAUAGACCACAACAUAAUGCUUAUGUAGAACGCAGAGGUCAAACACUGCAAGCUAUGGCUAGGUCUAUGUUAGUAGAUUCUGGUUUGCCAGAAACACUUUAGGGUAAAGCCAUAAUGUGUGCUAACCAUGUUUUAAACAACAUAGUUAAUUCAUCUACUGAUGAAUUACCAUUUACACUUUGGCAUGGUAGAAAACCUAAUCUAAGCUAUCUGCAUACAUUUGGUGCUCCUGCUUGGAUUCAUAUAUCAUCGCAAUUAAGGCGAAAGGGACAACAAAGAGCAAGGAAAAUGUUUUUUGUUGGGUAUGAAUCUAACCACAGAUCAUUUAGAUUUUGGGUGCUAGGUACUACUAGCAUUUAUUGUAGUGCUAGUGCAAAAUUCCUGGAGCAUGUAGGUUGGUAUAAGCUUGAGCAAGCUGAUAACAGAAAUGAGGAUAAUGUUAUUAUUGAUAAUCAAAUGUUCAAUAAUACCCCUGAAGAUGAAAUAGAUGAUAUAGAAACUACUGUAAAAGAAGAAGAAGGUUUAGGGGAGGAAUUAGAUGAAAUACCAGUUAUGAGUCCUGUAUUACCUAGACGAUCUACUAGGGUAAGACAUCAACUCGACCGGUAUCAAGCAAGUGUGGUUUGUCAAGUAAAUAUAGAAUCUUCUAACUACGAUGAUAUCAAAAUGUAUCCUGAAAAGGAUCAAGUAGCUUGGAAGGAAGCUAUGGAUAUAGAAAUUAACUGAGUUAGAUGUAUAUGAAAAUGUUCAGUUACCACCAGGAGAAUGGUUAAUUGGUUGUAAAUGGGUUUAUAAAUUAAAGACAAGUGCUGAUGGAACUGUAACCCAUAAAGCACGAUUAGUCGCUCAAGGUUUCGCUCAGUCUGAAAGACACUAUGAUGAAGUUUUUGCUCCCAGUUUAAGAGCAACCACAUUGAGAAUAAUGUUAGUGUGGGCAGCGAAGAAUGAAUAUCAUAUAGAUGUUGAGAUAGCAUAUUUACAUCACAAUAUCUAUAUGAAAAAGCCAUUAGGUGUAAGAACGGAUGAGCGAACUGAUUGCUGGAAAUUAAAAAAGAGCCUUUAUGGUUUGAAGCAAUCAGGGUUUGAAUGGAAUAGAUGUAUAGUAAAAGAACUGAAUUUUAUGGGUUUUAUGGAAGGUGUAGCAGAUAAAUGUUUAUUUAAACGGGAGAAAGAUGGUUUGAUUUCAUUUUUACUCUUGUUUACAAACAAUAUUGUUAUUGUAAUGAAAACUGAAAAGGAAGCAAUAGAACUUAUUUCUAUGUUACAGAAUAAACUUAGAAUUAGGAAUCUAGGUAAAAUUAAACACUAUUUAGGUCUUGAUAUUGUGAAAACCACUAGAGGGUAUAAACUGUCACAAUCUGGUAAAAUUAGCCAAUUGUUAAAACGCUAUAAUAUGGAACUAUGUAAACCAGCAAAAACACCUAUGAUCAGGAUUUCAAACAGAGAGAUAUACAAAGUCCUGUAUUCAGCAAGGAGAUUUAUCAAUCCUUGAUUGGUAGUCUAUCUUAUAUUAGUAAUUAGUCUAGGCCAGAUAUUUCCUAUUGUGUUAAUCAAUUAGCUAGGUAUAAUGCAGAACCAACUGAGAGGCAUUGGCAAGCUGCAAAGCGAAUACUAAGAUAUUUAAAAUAAUGUAUUAUGCAUUAUAUUUAGAAUCUAACUAUGAACUUGUACUAACUGCAUAUGCUGAUGCUAGUUUUGCUACUGAUUUAUCUAUAAGAAAAUCAACAUCAGGUAUUGCAAUAAUGUUAGGGAAUUCAUUAAUUGGAUGGAAAAAAAUCAGGCAAAAGCACAUAAGUUUAUCAACAAUGGGAGCUGAAUUUUCCUGUCUGUCUUUAAUGUGCACAGAACUAAUAUAUUAUAAACAACUGAUGAUAGAUAUUGGUUUAAAUGUAAAUGAUCCAACUGUAGUAUUUGAGGAUAAUCAAGCUGCUAUUAAAAUGGCAAUGAAUUUAGGUGUAAAAACAAGAUCUGAACACACUGAUAUUAGGUACUUAAAUGUAAGGCAAAGUAUACAGAGUAAGAUGAUACAACUGGAAUAUUGUAUGUCAGAGAAUAAUGUUGCUGAUAAUUUUACUAAAUCUCAGGGUGCGAUUAAACAUAGAACAUGUUGUGAAAGUUAUGGGCUAAGAUUGUAAGCCAUUAUAUAUUGUCCUGUCCAAAGGGGAGUAUGUUAGGAAAUUGUUAUUGCCCAACUAGUUGGUCAGGAAAUAUAUAAACCAAUAUUUUGUGUUUGUAGCUAAAAGUAGCUUUAAAAACUUUGUUGCAUCAUCAUGCAUCCUGAUUGGGUGAGCUCUGUAACCAAUGUACUUAAAGAAAGCUGAAUUAUGGUUUGUGUGAACACUACACCAUUUUACCUGCUGAUAUGCUGUAACUAUAUUUGAUCUCUAUGCAUGAUCCAAUGAUCAUGGCUAUUUAUUGCUUCUUUAAUAUUUAUUGACUGUUUUUAUAUUGAACUUUGUUCCUGAAUGAAACUAAAGAUCUGUUUUAUUGUAUUUUUCUACAACUGGUAAGAAGACUUUAUAUUUGAAAAAUAUCCCUGGACUGAUUUUUAUCUCACUUUGUAUGUGUAUGACUUGGAUUGUCUUUGGACUAUAAUUUUGUUUUUUCCUAAAAGUAAAAUAUUAUCAAAACCCA